AGCAACGGUAUCCCAUCAUCUAACCUCGCGAAAAUGGCAGGGAAUAAUCAACACCUGCUACGCCUGGUUCUCUCAUGCCGCAAAAUCACAGCUCAAGUCACAAAUCCUAACACCUCAACAAUCAUAGCCAUGGCUUCUUCAACUGAGCAAGAAUUCCUCGCGCAAUAUCGGGCCAGACUCAACCGAUUCCCUCGAUCUCACAACUUUUGGGACGCUAAAAUGGCGUCUCGUGUAGGCGAGAAGUUAGGGUUUCGACUUAAAGAAAUUGGAGUCACUAGCAUAAAUAUUGAUCUCGAUGAAGAGCUAUCCCGUCCGAUUCAUUACAGGAAGAGAGUGUUACCGUUGUUUGAUUCGGUGAAACGCGUCGGUGUUGACGUUGGUGGAGUUGAUAAAUUGGGAGAGAUUGGGCCUGUCGAGAUAAGGAUUCAAAGAUGAGCUCCUUUUGUUUUUUCUCUUCUCUUAAUCAAUUGUAAUUUUAUUUGAUUUGAUUCUAAUUUGAGAGGCAAUAAUGAAAAAUAAUUUAAUGAUUUUUGACACUAAAGAUAUAGAGAUGCAAUUAAAAUUGUAUACUUUAUGUAUCUAAAUUUUGAUGUUUUGAGAUGUUAAUAGUGAAUCUGAAUGGAAACCCAUUCUUCAUUAGUA